GAAGGGGUGGGAUCUGGAACUUGACCCGCUCCCUUCGUGGGCGUGGCGCCGCGGCCAGCCUUUGUGGCGUCAGUCCGCUGUCAGCCUGUCCCACUUGUCUCUGACGCUGAUCUCUUAACAUUGUGAGACUUUGCGAUCAUGACGUCAAGGGGCGCCUCAUAUCUUCAGCCCCAGCAUGGGAUGCCAGAAAGGCAGUGUCGGGGGCCAGACCCAAAACUCUUUAUUCCUGUCCCGCCUGCAGAGCUGAAUCCAGCCCGCUUCUCGGACCUGCGCGGUGGUGACCCUGGGUCCUUCAUCACCGCGUUGUCGCUUCCCGCUCCACUGGCUGGAGCCCGGGAUGCCGGGCGUCUCUGUCCGGGGCCUCUCCUUCGAGGCGAGGAGGCAGCUAGCUGUGAACCUCACCCGUGUUCUGGCGCUCUACCGUUCCAUCCUGGACGCCUACAUCAUCCCCUGGUUUCCUCAGCUGUAAAAUGCAUCCCUGUCUGAAGGAUCAUUGUGAAGAAUAAAGGAGAUAAUGUGUAAAUGGUACCAACGUCCACUGAAUUUUUCAAACCCAGAAGUCAUCCUUGAUUCAGCUCUUUCCAUCACUGAUCCACAAUCUAAUCCUUCAACAAAUCCUGUUGGCUGUACCACCAGAAUAGAUAGCAAAUACAUCCACUUCUCUCCAUCUCCAGUGCUACCACCCUGGGCCAAAGCACCAUCAUCUCUCCCCUGAACUACAAUAGCUUCCUAACAGAUCUAUGUUUACCUCUGCCCCUCCAUAACCAAAUUUCCAGAACAAUCAGAUUGAGCUCUUUAAAAUGUAAAUCUAAACAUCAUUACUCCCCUUGCUUCCUAGGUGCUUUGAGGAAAGUUCUAACUCCUUAUCUUUAACGCUCUACCUGAUCUGGCCUCUGUUGCCUCUUCAAUCCCUUCACAUUUCAUUCUCUCCCACAUUCACUAUGUUGUACUUACACUUGCCUGAUUUCUUUUCCACAAAUAUUGCAGGCUUCCAAGCCUUUGCACUUACUGCUUUGUCUGGAGUGGCUUUCUUCCACAGACAGGCAGUAGCACAGAAUGGUUAGAGCAAAGUCUCUAGAGUUGAACCGAUUUCAAACCCCAGCUCAGCUACUUAGAAGCUUUUUGGGCAAGUUAAUAGCUGUGCCUCAGUUUCUUUAUCUGUAAAAUGGAGGAUAACAACAGUACCUACCUCACAGGGUUGUUUUGAAGAUUGAAUGUAUUAACACAUGUAAAAUGUUUAGAACAGUGCCUGGCAUAUUAAAGGAUUACAUAAUUGCUAUUACGUGCAUUUGUUUAUAUGCCUGAUUUCCUGUCUGUUAUUCAAGCUUGAGUUCAUAUGUCACCUCCUCUGACAAGUCUUCCUUCAAACCCCUAUCUAAAGUAGUCCUCUCCCAAACUCUCCAUUACAUUACUGUUUCAGUAGUGUUUUAUUGUCUGUGGCAAUUAAUUAUCUAAAUUUAAAAAAAAUUUUAAUAUAAACUCCACAAGAGCAGAAAUAUCGUCUGUCUGGUUCACAGCUGUAUCUCCUGAGCCUAGAACAGUGCUUUUGUGCAUAAACAAAGCCCCAGGAUUUGUGUUAAUCAAACAAAUGAAUAAACAUACUUGGUGUCUGGCACAUAAAAUGGUGGGUUACUAAAAGAUAAUAACAUACUAUCGUGUGCCAGUCACUGUGGUUAAGUGCUGGGAAUGCAGAUGCAAAGAAUAUACCAUUCCUGCCCUUAAGAAGGGCAGUUGAGUGGAGAAAACGACUCAUAAAUAGUGGGAAAACAUCUAAAUGGAAGGUGUGUCCAGAAUGCUAUCUGGGCAUGCAGGAAGAAGAGGUCAACCACCUGGGAGCUGGAGGGUGCUGGAAGAGACUUCAGAGAAGAGGUGUCACGGAUGAGUAUGAUAGAUACUUGCUGGCUGCAGCUGGUUGCCCUGUGUGGCAACAGUGCUGGGAAGAGCCAGGAGACAAGAUGGCAGUUGUGAGUUGGGUGGUGAAGAAUGGGAAUGGUAGUGGUCUGCUGAUUGCUUUUCCCCUUCUGCAGGAAUUUUUCACAGACAACUUGUGGGGCACACUCCCUUGUUCAUGGCAGGAAGCCCUGGAUGGACUGAACCCACCACAGCUGGCCUCGCUGCUGCUGGGGAUGCCUGGGGAAGGGGAGGUAGUCAGGUACAGGUCGGUGUGGCCACUCACCCUGCUGGCCCUGAAGUCCACAGCCAAUGCCCUGGCCUUUACCCGGAUGCCUGGGUUCCAGACCCCCUCGGAAUUCCUGGAGAACCCCAGCCAGAGCUCCCGACUGAUGGCUCCAUUCCGGAAACAUGUCAGGCCCAAGAAGCAACAUGAGAUCCGGAGGCUGGGAGAGUUGGUAAAGAAGCUGAGUGACCUAACAGGCUGCACCCAGGUUGUGGAUGUAGGCUCAGGCCAGGGCCAUCUCUCCCGCUUCAUGUCUUUGGGACUGGGCCUCUUGGUGAAGAGCAUUGAAGGGGAUCAGAGACUGGUGGAGAGAGCCCAGCGUCUGGAUGAGGAGCUCCUGCAGGCUCUGGAGAAGGAAGAGAAGAGGAACCCAAAGGUAGUCCCAGCUGGCCCUCGCCACCCCCCCCACCACGUGGUUAGGUGGGUAGACCCCACGGCCUUGUGUGAGGAGCUCCUGCUUCCACUGGAGCCCCCACCUCAGGGUGGGUUCCGCUUGCUGCUAACAGGCCUCCAUGCCUGUGGGGAUCUGAGUGUCGCCUUGCUGAGGCACUUCUCCUGCUGCCCUGAGGUGGCAGCCCUGGCCUCGGUGGGCUGCUGCUACAUGAAGCUUAGUGACCCUGAUGGCUACCCACUGAGCCACUGGGUGGCCGGGCUGCCUGGCUGUGAACUGCCCUACAGGCUGCGGGAGGGGGCCUGCCAUGCACUGGAGGAAUAUGCUGAGCGGCUACAGAAAGCAGGCCCCGGCCUUCGAACCCACUGCUACCGUGCAGCACUGGAGACAGUGAUCCGGUGUGCGCAGCCAGAGCUCCGACGGCCAGGCGUGCAGGGGAUCCCCAGGGUCCACGAGCUCAAGAUUGAAGAAUAUGUGCAGCAGGGGCUGCAGCAGGUGGGGCUGGACCCCCAGCUGCCACUGAACCUGGCUGCCCUUCGGGCCCUCCAGGCACAGGAGCACCGUGUAGUGGCCUUCUUCAGCCUGGCCCUCCUGCUGGCCCCACUGGUGGAGACGCUGAUUCUGCUGGACCGGCUGCUUUACCUGCAGGAGCAGGGUUUCCAUGCUGAGCUCCUGCCUAUUUUCAGCCCUGAACUCUCCCCCAGAAACCUGGUUCUGGUGGCCACUAAGAUGCCCCUGGGUCAGGCCUUCUCUGUCCUGGAGACUGAAGAUGGCUGACCCAGCCUGAGGAAGGUCACAUCCACGGCCCGUCUGAAAUCAUCUAGGUGCCACAGUGGGUGGCAGAGUCUGUAGCUCCUCACCCCGAGAACCAGCAUUCUGCAUCCUCCCUGGCAUCCUGCUUCCCCACAAACCUUCUGUUUCAUAGUCUUUCUCUCCGAACAUGUGUUAUAUAAAAGUAUGUAAAAUUUUAUUUUUAUUAAAAAAAUUGAAAUCUU